CUACACAACAGUAGAGGAAGAGCGAGAGAUGGAGAGACAAAGAGAAAAGAGAGGAGAGACUCACAAAAGUAUUCAUAGGGAAUUCCAUAAACAGUGUUGUCAACAAAGCUGGAGAACAAGGGACGUGGGGGGAACAGGGGAAUAAAGGUCCACAGAGGAGGAAAGUAACACACAGGACCCCAGCACCAUUUCACCUGGACACUUGUAGGAAGGACUGGAAGAUCGAAGUAGGGAGAGAGCAGCCAAAGGUGACAGUAAACAGGGCGGACACGCACAGGACAGGACUCCUUUAUCUCUCUUCAUGGUGGUUUGGACACUCGUAUUAUGUAUGAGAAGUUAACCAUGCUGAACCUGCAGAGCGGCUCAAACUGGAGUGGGCCUAACAACUGGUACCAUGACCCCACCAGCGUUCAGACACAACACAGCACAGUGUCUGAGGGCUGUCUGCUGGACACCGAGGGCAGCAUGGGGGGAGAGGCAGGGGGAGGGGGAACGGGCAGAGGGGGAGGAGUCCCCGUGGAGAGGGACGAGGGCGAGGAGUCUCAGCUGAGGCUGCAGCUCAAGAGGAAGCUGCAGAGGAACAGGACCAGCUUCACACAGGAGCAGAUCGAGGCUCUGGAGAAAGAGUUUGAGAGGACACAUUACCCAGAUGUCUUUGCAAGGGAGAGAUUGGCAAACAAGAUUGAUUUACCAGAGGCCAGGAUACAGGUGUGGUUCUCAAACCGAAGAGCCAAGUGGAGGAGGGAGGAGAAGCUGCGCAAUCAAAGGAGGUCAGGGGGCGUAACUUCCUGUUCACAGAGCCAAGCCCCUCUGACCACUUCCUUCAACACGUCUGUCUAUCAUCAGCAGCACGGCAGCAGUUCAGGGUCCAUGUUGAGUCAGGCUGAGUCGUCCCUGCCCAGCUACAGCUCCCUGUCAGUUUUCUCAUCUGGAGUCCAGUCUAUUCCUCCCCAGUCGGCCUCCUCCUACUCCUGCAUGUUACCUCCAUCCCCCUCUACCCCACGCAGCUUUGACUCAUCGGCGUACUCCUCCCCUCAUCUGCAGACUCCGCCUUCGGCCAACUCCAACACUGGGCUCAUAUCACCUGGCGUUUCAGUGCCGGUCCAGGUUCCAGGAACUGAGCAGCAGGGUAUGAGUCAUAACCUGGGUCAGUACUGGGCCAGAUUACAGUGAACCACAGACAAUCGCUGCCAACCGGCAACACAAAAGAAGAAGGGGAAAAAAAGGGGCAUGUAACAAAAAUGUGUCAAGAAAACAAUAUGGGGGACACACAGGUUUUAAGGAAGCACAGGACUGAGCUAUAGAGGGGCCUCAAUGAGUUGCAGACCCCGAAAUGCAUUAAAUGUUUACAAAUUCAACCAAGAGCAGCUUGGUUGCACUUGACAGUACUCUGGCCAUACUGGUAUUUGCUUAGUACUAUCAGGUUGCAGGUGCAGGUGUUUUUUUUUUUUUUUGGAUAGUGUGUUAAUCAUAGAGUUAAGGUCAGGAUUAUAAAUAAGAUCAGUUUGAGGUGUGUUUAGGAUUAAAUAGGAUUAGGAUCAAGUCAGGGUUUAGGUUAUACUGUCUACGGAGAUGCAACAAGUUUUUAUAAAUGUUAGCAUAUUUAAUCAUGUUUAACAUUUUGACUCUUACUUGGACAGAAAGUUUCACAGUCCACCAACAAAACACAACAAUAAUAACAAAAAAUGUGCUCUUUAUUACACAGAGCACUGGAUAAAAAACUGGCAGACUGAACCUGUCUGCCUAAGCCUCUAAAUGCCCUGUGAGAUGUGAUUGAAAGCUCUGAAAAGCCAGUAGGUGAACUUGAGCUUAGAUGAUUUUGUUAUACAUACUUAAAAAAAAGAAAAAAGAAAAAAAGAAAAAAAAAUUUGCUCGUACAUGCUGAGCAAAUGUAAGGGUUAUAAUUAUAACUCAACCACACAGAAAUGCUGUAAGUGAUUCAGUGGUACUAAGUAAAUGCCAGCAGAUGUCUGUAUUGUGAAGUGUAACCAUAGUUUCUUGUUACUUGAGCAGCUCAAUGAUAUUGUGAAAGCAAGCUUGUUCCCUAAGCUGUGUGAGGCUACUGUGAAGAUUUUAGACUUGCUUAUGGCAAUCACUUUUACUAAAACUUAAAAACGUACCAUAAAAAAAGUAAAUCCUACCUACCCUGCCAGCAACAUUACACUAAGACUGAUAUUGCAUAUUUUUGUACAGACAUCUGUGUAUGAUGAAGAUAACUGUGGAAUAUUGUCAGAUAUUAUUGGAGGGAAGAAUGUAGCACGUUGUGGACUCGAAUCAUCCUCAAAGCACAAAUUCAUUUGUUAAAAUAAAUUAUUAGGGAUACACCAUAUCAAUAUUGGCAUCAGAUAUUGUCUGAUAAAAGGCUAAACAUGAACAUAUUACAUAUUUACUGGUAUCACAGAUUUUUGCCAAAAACUACAGUAAAGCCAUUUUCUUUGUAUUUUAGACAUAUAUGUAUAUAUAUGAAUACUUCAUUUUUUAUCCGAUCUAGCAGUGAUACAUACUUGGAUUGGCAGGGUUUUUUUCCACUAAUGAACCAUCGCCAUCAGCUAGUGACAAUCAAGCAUCAUUACACAGCAAACAAAAAUGAGGCCGUCUUCAAACCAUCAAUGCAAACGCUUGCGAGACUGACAAUCAAAGCUGGAGGUAGAGGAGAUAAAAAUGGAAAAAACUGUGAAAUUAUUGCAACACUGUCCAUACAAUAGAAAUGACAUUAUAAACUGUGCAUGACCAAAAUAAGCCGCUAUAGACAAUCAGCUACUGAAAUGAAUCGAAUAUUGUACAAAACCGUUACUGUACUUUGCAGGGUUUUAACCUCUGCUCACUUCCCUCUGACUAUUGGUUUUGUUGAUGCAUCUCAGUUUAAACUCAUAUGAAAUGUCUUUCAACUCUUAUUUAUUUGUCUUUUCACUCGUUCACAUAAGUCCUCUGUGUUGUUUCUGUUGUUGUUGUGUGUUGUGUUAGUACUGUAUAGCUACCAAGAGUCAACCCUUUUGUGAAGGCCUUGGAUCCCUUUAAUGAAAAUAAAAACUGUGUGUAAUGAAUAUAAAUUCAAAGGUCUUUAUUUCUCAUGUUAUAUUACAUUUCCCAUACCGUCUUUGUCGUUCAAGAUAAAAAAAAAAAAACAGGUUGAUAUUUAUGCACUAUGGCUUGAUGUUUGACAAAUGUGAUUCUUACAAAAUCAUCACCGUUACCAAAAUAAAAUAUAUUUUUUAAGUAAA